AUGUCCGCGUUGACCUACCCGGAAUCAGGCAGAAUGAAAAAUCGUCGCAAAAAACGGACGCAUAGAUGUUUAAAGUGUAAUUCUAUCAUUAGCACUGCACUCUGCAUUGUAAUUGCAUCAUGAUUGUUGCGGUUUCUGGCAGCAGGUGUGGACUAUGGACAGAUUGGCGCACGCGAUGUCGGACUUACAGUGCUCGUAACGUUGAGAGUUUUACUGUGCUGUCAAAAAGUGCAACGCCACAAUGUACAGGUAUAAACGGUUAGUUGAAGGUUGCACAUUGCAAAUUGGAAAAAGUUACAAAGUCAAGGCCAAUCUGAAGAGAACAUUCAUGAACCUAGGAAACCAAAAUAGAUGCAAAGAAUUUGAGGGCAGAAAACUUGUUGGUUUCUCAAUGGAGCAGAUGUUCGACAUUGUCGCUGACGUUGGUAACUACAAAAUGUUUGUACCAUUCUGUAAAAAGUCCGACAUACUGUCUAAAAGAGAUGGAUUUCUGAGGGCAAGUUUAGUCAUUGGAUUUCCACCAAUAAAUGAGAGUUACACCUCAAAAGUGACAACGAUACACCCACGUAUGGUAAAAGCUGAAUGCAGUGAUGGGAAACUUUUCAACCACUUAAAUACGCUGUGGGUAUUCAGUCCCGGACUGAAGAACAACGAGCAGACCUGUGUUAUAGACUUUUCUCUCUCUUUCGAGUUUAAGUCAGUACUUCAUUCUCAGUUGUCGAAUUUCUUCUUCAACGAGAUUGUCAGACAGAUGGAAAAUGCUUUCAUAGAAGAAGCCAAAAGACGGUAUGGUAGACCAUGCAUCAAGGUUGUAAGACUUGAAAGAUGAUCGCCGUAUAAAAACUGCAAACUGUACUACAAUAUUAUAUAGGACAUUCUGUACAUACAAGAAACAUUAUUUAAAAUUAAAGUAUUUAUUUAUUGAUUAAA